AUCAUCAGCCUCUCACAGGCCACCACAGAGCACAGCGCUGCACUCCGCGUGUGUGUGUGUGAGUGAGUGUGUGUGUGUGUGAUGCUGAGGACACCCGUUAAAAUCUGUCUGAAUCAGUGGCUGAUCAGCAGCUUCUCCUCCUGAGUGAUGCCUCGUUCCUUCCUGGUGAAGCGAGGAGGUUUGAGCCACCUUCGAGCGGCAGCGCAGAGCCCCAGCCCCGGAUCCACCCCCAUACUGAUCAGCCCAGCAGAGAAACCCCCGGGGUCCCUGGAUAAAACCCUGGGGUACUCCACCGCGGACGCCGCUGAGAAUAUUUCAACCCCCAUGAUAUUGCUGCAGCUUGAUCUCCCACUGUCUGGCUGCACUGAUGGAAGCUGCAGAUCAGCCGAGGCCUGCAGUCCCGUCAGCUCCAAUACUCUGAGCGGCGUGAAGCGAGCCGCCUCUCCCCGUCCCUCGCCGGCGCUGUGGCCGAACCCUCCUGCGAGCUCAGGAUAUCCAGACAAACUCCCGGUGGGACUGAGAGAUCUGAGAGAGCGUCCUCGGAGUUUCAGGGAGACCAGGAGCCACGGCGGCUCUCAGAUCAGCGCUCUGACGCCAGAAUGUCCUCUCUGUGGAAAAAUAUUUUCCUGUUUGUCAAGUUUGAAGACUCACAUAUCAAAGAGUCAUGGCAGCAGAGCUCAUCUGUCUGCAGCACACAUGAAGCCCAGCAGGGCCGAGAAGGAGGCGUCGCCUUACAGGGCAAAGGAGCGGACGUUUGGCUGCACGGUGUGUGGGAAAGUAUUCAAGCGCUCCUCCACCCUCUCCACACACCUGCUCAUACACUCCGACAUCCGGCCGUACCCCUGCGAGUACUGCGGCAAACGCUUCCACCAGAAGUCCGACAUGAAGAAACACACUUUCAUACACACCGGAGAGAAGCCCCACGUCUGUCAGAUCUGCGGCAAAGCCUUCAGCCAGAGCUCCAACCUCAUCACCCACAGCCGCAAACACCGGGACGACCGGCCGUACCGCUGCCCGCUCUGCCUCUACAGCUUCCAGCACAAAGCCGAGCUGCGGCAGCACCAGGACCACCACUGCGUCUACCGCUGACCCCCCCACGCAGCCCGGGACGCAGCUUACCGCCUCUGUAAACCAGGACAAACACUUGGAGGACAGGAAGCUGCUCACUGUGGAGCUAUCAGUGAGGCCGUCCAGACUUUCUGCUGCUGAUGUUCCAGAUGUUUCAGUUCCUGAAGGGAAACCAACGGAAGUCUCUGUUUUUACUCCAUGAAAGAAGGAAAACAUGGAAGCCAUGAUUAACUGAAAUCUACCAACUCCCUGCUCAGCUGUACAAUUUUAGGUAUUCAGAGGUAUUUUUAUGUUCUGUACAACAUCAUGAUGAUCAUUUUCCUUUAAUAUACAAAAGCAUUCAACAUUACUGUCAUCUUCAAAUAGUUCUGUAUAUUUGAGAGUCCUGUCU